AUGAAUGAAAAGGACCGUGUACAGAUUGCAGAAGAAGUUAUCGUCCAAGAGAAACCAAACGACAUUGAUCAAAUAUCAAUUCACUCUAUAAACUCGAAUCAUUCUACAAAGCAUCUUAUAGAUCCACCAGAUGGUGGACGUGCAUGGCUUGUUUUAUUUGGAUGUUUUUGCGGAUUAUUUUGCACACAAGGAUAUAAUUACACAGCCGGAAUAUACUUUGACUAUUACAACCGAGAGGUGUUUAAGGAUCAGAUGAAUUCGUUGUCAUGGAUCCAUUCACUUUGGCUGGCGCUUGCAAAUAUCGUUGGACCAUUUUUCUGCUUUUUUGCUUACAGAAUUGGCUACAAAUGGAUGUUGGUUGUAGCGAUUUUCUUGUGCUCUGGUUCAAUGAUGCUUGCCAGUUUAGCCACUCAGAUUUGGCAUUUAUACCUCACCCAAGGCGUCCUGGCUGGUAUUGGCGCUUCUUUGGUCUGGUUUCCCUGCGUAAGUGCUGCCCAACAAUGGUUUUCUAGAAAGCGAGGCCUCAGCGUAGGUUUGGCUAUAUCUGGUUCAGGCUUCGGUGGUCUGGUUCUGUCCAACGUUAUCCAGGCUGCUAUUGACAACCUCGGCUACCGUUGGUCUCUUCGCAUUCUUGGUUUCAUUACAUUUGCCUUGCUCUGUAUUUGUGCAGCCUUUGUUCGGCCACUCAAUCGACCCUCUCAUGUAUCUGGUUCCCGUAUCAUUGAUCUGUCGCCCUUUAGAAAUUCUCAAUUUGUCAUCUUAUUUGUUGUUCAAGUCUUGUGCAACUUUGCAUUCAACAUUCCUUCUGGUUUUCUUCCAGCAUAUGCAAAUCAUAUUGGUUUGGAUCGAUGGGUUGGAACAAACCUUUCGGCAAUCAGUGCAGGUGUUAUGAUUGUAGGAAAAAUUUCGGGUGGAUUACUUGGCGACUAUUGUGUUGGACGGUCUACGGCAGCGUUUCUCUGUACGAUCUUGACAGGUGUGAUGUGUCUCGGACUAUGGUUGAAUGCCAAUUCGGCUGCGACUGUGUGGGCAUUUGCGGCUAUGUUUGGUCUGUUUGGAGGAGGGUACCUGACCACAGUUCCGGCUGUACUGGCCCAGGUGGUUGGUAUGGAGGACAUUGAGGCUGCAAACGGACUGCUCUUCUUCGGAUGGUUCUUUGGCGGCCUGUUUGGUACUCCCAUUUCAUCUGCCCUGAUCAAUAAUGUGGCUGAUGAACCGACAUACAACUAUGCUAUUAUAUUUAGUGGUGUGAUUCUCGUUGCUGCUGGUAUUUUACUUUGGGUUAUUCGUGUGCAACGAGGAGGGUGGUAUCCAUUUAAGAUGGUCUAG